AUGGGACGAAAAAAAACAGAAGGCUCGAGCAGUGACUUGGAGCUUGGAUGCCUCUGCUGCUGUCAUCAUGCGAAGUGGCAUGGUGAAGAAGUACUUUUCAGACAAGGCAGGUGUCGCCGACGAAUCUCAAGGUCAGAGUCAUUAGUCAAUGUUCUCCGGGUGAAGGUGACGGGGUACCAGGAGGGAGAUCGAGUGAAAUUUGAUGCUGAGUGGGAUGAAAAAAAGGGCAACCACAAGGCCGUAACAUGGUACUUGGACAUUGGAGUUAUGCCAAUGGGACAGGUCGGCUGCAUGCAGAACUUCGGCUUUCAGCCCUUUGCUGGCCCAGGGCCUUACGGUCCCAUGGGCACGCCUGGUUGUGACCCGCGCUUUGCACCCUACGGCGCUGCAUCUAUGCAGAGCGGAAUGCAGGGUGUGAUGCCUGGAAUGGUGCCUGGCGGGAUGCCUGGCCAAAUGGGGAUGAUGCCUGGUGGGAUGCCAGGCAUGCAGGGAAUGAUGCCCGGCGGAAUGCCGGGUGGGAUGAUGUCGAACGACAUGCUUGGAGGCCGGAACUCUUGCAGUUCUAUGCAGAACGGCGGAUCUGGCAUGGAGCAGAUCGACCCCAGCGGUUUGCCGCCGGGCUGGGAGCAGAUGACCGAUGCUUCCACCGGAAAGCUGUAUUUCUGCAAUCGAGCCACGGGUGAAACCAGUUGGAAUCCACCAGCAUCCUCAGCAAAUGCUCCGGCACCGGCAACGGCUGGUGCACCCAUCUCAGACCUGCCUGAGGGAUGGGAGCAAGCGAAAGACCCCACUGGGAAGCCUUACUACUUCAAUAGAAGCACUAAUGAGACCAGGUGGGACCCGCCAUGA